AUGGUGAAUCCAAACCAGAUUAAUGGACAUUCUGCCCGGUCCUUGCUCGAUUUAGCAUUCUCCAAGAUUGAAUCCUUCAUGCUGGAAAAGGAGACGGAGAAACAAAAGAUGCUGUAUCAGCAAGCCCGACUCCACGAUCGAGGAGCUGCCGAGAUGGUGCUGCAGAUGAUCAGUGCCAGCAAAGGUCGUCUUGGUGCUACUGUGACUUUCACUCUCAAACUGGGUAUUUCCGUCCUUAACGGGGGAAACAUUCUGGUCCAGCAGAAAAUGCUGGACUAUCUGAAAGAAAAAAGAGACGUUGGAUUUUUCAAAAGCUUGUCUGGACUGAUGAUGUCGUGCAGUGUCCUGGAUUUGAAUGCUUUUGAAAGGCAAAACAAAGCUGAAGGUCUGGGGAUGGUUACUGAAGAGGGAUCAAGUUCCAAGGUUCUGCAGAAUGAUGAGUUUACGAAGGAUCUCUUUAGGUUUCUGCAGCUUCUCUGUGAAGGCCACAAUAAUGAUUUCCAAAAUUUCCUGAGAACUCAAACAGGAAAUACGACGACAGUCAACAUCAUCAUCAGUACCGUUGAUUACCUGCUAAGACUCCAGGAAUCCAUCAGUGAUUUCUACUGGUACUAUUCUGGUAAGGACAUCAUUGAUGAGGCUGGGCAGAGGAACUUUUCUAGAGCUCUAGCAGUCGCCAAGCAGGUCUUCAACUCUUUAACGGAGUACAUUCAGGGUCCGUGUAUAGGUAAUCAGCAGAGUCUGGCUCACAGCAGACUGUGGGACGCGGUGGUGGGCUUCUUGCACGUUUUUGCCAACAUGCAGAUGAAGUUGUCCCAGGACUCCAGUCAGAUUGAAUUACUGAAGGAGCUCCUAGACCUUCAGCAGGACAUGAUUGUCAUGAUGCUCUCUCUCCUAGAAGGUAACGUUGUCAAUGGAACUAUUGGUAAACAAAUGGUGGACACCUUGGUGGAGUCCUCCAGCAACGUGGAGAUGAUUUUAAAGUUUUUUGACAUGUUCCUCAAGCUGAAGGACUUGACUACCUCGGAUAGCUUCAAGGAGUAUGACUCGGAGAGCAAAGGGGUCAUCUCUAAGAAGGACUUUCAGAAGUCCAUGGAGAACCAGAAACAGUACACCCAGUCUGAAAUCGAGUUUCUUCUCUCGUGCGCUGAGGCGGAUGAGAACGACAUGUUCAGCUACAAACAGUUUGUCGAGAGAUUUCACGAACCAGCUAAAGACAUAGGCUUCAACGUAGCCGUGCUGCUAACAAACCUCUCAGAGCACAUGCCCCAUGAUGCUCGCCUGUCCACCUUCCUCAGUCUCGCUGAAAGCGUCCUCAGCUACUUCGAGCCUUUCUUGGGUCGCAUCGAGAUCAUGGGCGGUGCCAAGCGCAUUGAGAGGGUUUACUUUGAGAUCAGCGAGUCGAGCCGCACGCAGUGGGAAAAGCCUCAGGUGAAGGAGUCAAAGCGGCAGUUCAUAUUCGAUGUGGUCAACGAAGGUGGGGAGAGCGAGAAGAUGGAACUGUUUGUCAACUUCUGCGAAGACACCAUCUUUGAGAUGCAGCUGGCUUCUCAGAUUUCAGAGCCAGACCCGGUUGAGCAUCAAGACGAGGAUGAGGACGAGGUCCAGAGUUUGCUGGAAAACCAGGAGGAGGAAGAGGAAGAGAGUGUGAUGAUGGAGUCUUCCUCUGCGUUCACCCUCGCCUGCAUCUCAGUGCGAAAGAGCCUCUGUAAUUUUCGACAACUGCUGACUCUUAAGAGCAUGAGGCGUCAAUACAAGAAGUUCAGGAAGAUGAGUGUGAGGGAGUUGGUGCGAGGCUUCUUCUCCUUCUUCUGGAUGAUCAUCACAGGCCUCUUCCACUUUGUCUACAACUUAGUUUGGGGUUUCUUCCACAUCUUAUGGACCACGCUGUUUGGGGGCGGCCUCGUUGAAGGAGCCAAGAACAUGAAAGUGACAGAUAUUCUGGGAAACAUGCCAGAUCCCACUCAGUUUGGAAUCCAUGGAGAUGUUCUGGAGACAGAAAAGAUGGAAGCAAACGAAGCGUUGGCUUUGGAAGAGAUGGGUCAGAUGGCUCAGGGCGACGUAGCAGAGGCCGACCUG